AUGUAUCAACGUGCAGUUCACCAGGCAUGGACACCUCCACCAAACUUCGCCAUGGUUGAAACUGGCGUAUACCGCAGUGCCUACCCAACACUCGUUAGUGUACCGUACUUAAAACACAUUGGUAUCAAAACAGUUGUGUUAUUAUCUAUUGAACUUUUACCAGCACCUGUCACACGUGCCCUCGCAAGUACGGAUUUUAUGUCUACAGCAGAUGGACUUCGUACGAGGAAAGAUGAGGGACACACUGUAGCUCCUAUUCGUGUUGUAUGUACGGCCGAUUUAACUGGAUGGAUGGAUGAGUACUCUUGGGCAAAGGAUGAUUUUUGUGUAUCAGAUGUUCAACAUGCACUGGAUUUUGCUUUACAAAGAGAUUUUCAACCUGUUCUCUUCACUUGUCCUACAGGUGAACUGCAAACAAGUGUGGUAGUAGGAUGUAUGCGGCGGUAUCAAGGCUGGACAAUUGCUGCUGCAUUAGCUGAAUGUGAAAUGUUUGUAAAUAUUUCCCGUAGUGUUCGGCCAAGUAUUAUGAGCUUCAUUGAACAUUGGGAUUUAAAUGAACAACCUGUUUUGGAGUCAGAUAUUGCUAGAAGAAAACAUGAACUCCUAAUGCGAGAGCGUCAACAUGAUCAUCAUCAUCAUAAUAGGCGAAAAGGGUGUUCUUCUAGUAACACAGUAACAGAUUCUGAUUCUGAUAAUGAUUAUACUGUGCAGUCGAGCACAGUUAGUACUUCGAAAAAAAGUUACGGUGAUGAGACGUCAAGUUUGCAACAAGAUGAUUCUUUCUCAACAACAGGCAAACCAUCCUCCUUCUCAUCAAAGGGAGGUAAAAAUGACGGUGUAUCUAAUUUUUCACCUGCGGCGAUUCUGUUCGCCCCGUGGUACACUGCCGCGUUGGAACGGCGUGAAACUCGUGCAAGUGAGAUUAUAUCAGCAAGGUCAAAACUGCGAAAACCUCAGGAUCCUUUACCAAUACCGUAUGAACGGUAUUUUGGCGUCUUAAAUCCUCCUUCUCUUGAUGAACGUUCUACUUUCACAAAAGAAUCUGUUGUAGAGGAAGAUGAUGAUUGA